AUGUCUCACGAUCGGUUGGGUUUGAUAGAUGAUUACGGAGACCCAUGCGAUGGGGAAGCGCUCGUGUUUCCAAAUGGAAUUCUCUUCUCCACCACCAGUAAUUUUUCCCACGUGCUUUCUCUUUCAGACGUCAGCUCAAAGUCAGAAGACUUUGUAUCCCUCGCAGCUGGUUUGUCACCCAGUUUGCUUCAGACUAGGGAACAACGACUGAGACAGUUAGCCGAUCUCCUCUUGGACGUCUGGGACUCUACUAUGGAAUCCGUUCGAGAUAUUCCUCGGGCAUAUCUCCCCCCAGGCCGGAAAGAAAGUUCAGCUGAUGAAGACGACGAUGACGACAUCUCACUCUCCCCCGGUCAGCUGGACAACGGGAAGUAUCUCGGUGCCCUCGGUUCCGCUGUGGUCUCUCAGAUUUCCAGCGCCGUUUCUUCGGCUGCUGCUGCGGUGGCUGGCCGAUGGACGAAGCCUCCAUCACCCGAAUAG